GGGGCUUUGUUUCUGGGGAGAAGGACCCGGAGCUCUUUUGUUUGGGGGUUUGGUGUUUUCACCCCCCCAAUCUCACCCCACCCACCCCACCCCCCGCGCCUCUCCGGUUUCCUGAGCUGCGGGCUGCAAGGGAGGAGAAGCGGCGUCCUGCAACCCCCUCGGCUGGGCCCCGGGGUAAUUCGAUGCGGGCCUGGCGAGGCUCCCCACGCUAGACCGGGGCUCGCGUCUCGUCAGCCUCCACCCACCGGCCCACCCUACAUUUAGCGCAUCAUGUGAUCCUGGAUCAAUGUGACUCUAGAAACAAAUGGAUGAAUGAAUAUCCAUAUGAAGAGGAAAACAAUAAAGAAUAUCAACACCUUUGAGAACAGAAUGUUAAUGCUUGAUGGGAUGCCGGCAGUCAGAGUCAAAACAGAGCUUUUGGAAUCUGAACAAGGGUCUCCAAACGUCCACAACUACCCCGAUAUGGAAGCUGUACCCCUGUUGCUAAAUAAUGUGAAAGGGGAGCCCCCGGAGGACUCAUUAUCCGUCGAUCACUUCCAAACACAAACUGAGCCAGUGGACUUGUCAAUAAACAAAGCCAGGACGUCCCCCACUGCCGUUUCAUCCUCCCCAGUUUCCAUGACAGCAUCCGCCUCCUCACCUUCUUCCACUUCAACCUCUUCAUCUUCAUCUAGUCGUCCAGCCUCAUCCCCAACUGUUAUAACAUCAGUAUCUUCAGCAUCGUCUUCGUCAACAGUAUUAACUCCAGGACCCCUUGUUGCCUCUGCGUCUGGCGUGGGAGGCCAGCAGUUUUUGCACAUUAUCCAUCCUGUACCGCCUUCAAGUCCCAUGAAUUUACAGUCUAACAAACUGAGUCAUGUUCACCGCAUCCCCGUGGUGGUACAGUCGGUGCCUGUUGUCUACACAGCUGUACGGUCACCUGGAAAUGUGAACAACACUAUCGUCGUGCCGCUUUUGGAGGAUGGGAGAAGCCAUGGCAAAGCACAAAUGGACCCCCGAGGCCUAUCUCCCAGACAAAGUAAAAGUGACAGUGAUGACGAUGACCUGCCAAAUGUGACCUUAGAUAGCGUUAAUGAAACUGGAUCUACGGCCCUUUCCAUAGCCAGAGCAGUCCAAGAGGUACAUCCGUCCCCAGUCUCAAGGGUCCGGGGAAAUCGAAUGAAUAAUCAGAAGUUUGCUUGUUCAAUUUCACCAUUUAGUAUUGAGAGCACAAGACGCCAGAGACGGUCCGAAUCCCCAGACUCCAGGAAACGACGUAUCCACAGAUGUGAUUUUGAGGGAUGCAACAAAGUGUACACAAAAAGUUCUCACCUGAAGGCUCACCGGAGGACACAUACAGGAGAGAAACCCUACAAGUGUACCUGGGAAGGCUGCACCUGGAAGUUUGCGCGCUCCGAUGAACUGACGCGGCAUUACCGCAAACACACGGGAGUGAAGCCCUUCAAGUGCGCGGACUGUGAUCGCAGCUUCUCCCGGUCAGACCACUUGGCCCUGCACCGCCGGAGGCACAUGCUGGUGUGAGGACCGCUCGCUGUCCAGCUGGGCGGAAGAGCUGGAUCUCUUAGCGGCACCCAAUUCAGCAGGGCUGAAUUCCCUUCACAGUGUUAACUCAAAAGGGCAUCACCAUCCCACGAUGUCUGCAAUCAGAGCAGGAACAAGAAGGAACACUUCUUUCGAUCUGAAGGUAACCCCCACCUUGACUACACGAGAGACGGCUUCACCCUGACGUGGGAGUUCAGCCACAAAAAUGCUGAAGAGACAGGCAUUGAUUGUUUUCCGUGCUGUGUCCUCUGCCAUUUA